AUGGCCACUUUUCCCGUCAAAAGGUUCAUCUUAUGUGGAGCUGUCAUUGGCGCCCUCUGCAGUGGUAAGUGAAGUGCGGCUUAUGAGUUUCCCAUUUGUUAGACACUUUUCCGCAAAGUAAUUCCUUCCUAGGAAAUGAAGAAUGCAUUUCUACAUCAAUAUUCUAACCUGAAUUUACUCAUGUUAGAGAGACAACUCGGUUUUUCAUCUCAUUUUUUCCGUCGUAGACUCAUUUUAAAUCAUCCAUCGAUGUUUUGACAAAUUUUAAAGUCUCUUUCGCAAACAUUUCAAGGCUUAAAACUCAUUACUAAUGUAUAAUAAGAAAAGUAACGGCUUUUCCUGGUCGCAAACAAAUUUUUUUUUGGCCCGUAUAAAUUUUCCAAGGAAACAAAUUUUAGGGAGAAAGUUUAAUCAAGAUUAUAGCCGGAUACAUUAAAUUUCAGUGAUUGACUUAGAUCUUAGAGCUAUGCAAAUUUUGAGAUUUGUAGGUCUAAUGCAAAAGAAAUAAUUCUAAUGCGAGUGUAAGUGAUUAUUCUACGUUGUAUUUUGUUUGGAAAGAUGGAGUGUGUAUAGCGUAGAUAACAGAGCAGAACUGGAAAUGUCUGGCUAAUGCAGCUUGAAUUGGUAAAAAAAAAUGAAAUGAAAACAUUUAUCCUGAUUUAAAUGUUGUUUUCGUUUUUUUUUUCGCUGAUAAGAAAGUAUAACUGAUGGAUUGUAUGAUGCAUCUAGAAAUAUUGUUGGCCUUUUAUGAAUGGCGGUGUAUUUCACAGUCCAAAAGUUGUAACUUAACACAAUCGUGGGUUGUGAUACGACACUGAUCGUUGAACUAAAAUGAAGACGUCUGAAGUUGAAAAACAUCUGCUCAAUAGUGUUUUGUUUCCGUGCUCAUGAAUAUGAAAAAUCAAUGAUGGACUUCAUAGCUUGUUUUUAAAAAACUGUUUUCAGAUUUAAUUGGUGACUUGAAACAGACUGCAAGGAGAUCUUAGGUAUUUUGACUGACCUAGCUUGAUUUCCUUUAAAAAAAGGUACUGAACAUUGCAAAUGCUCACAAGUUGACCUUGACAGCCACUAGGUAGAUUCUCGAACGAAGUGUAUCCAGACAAAUUUGAGAUAUUUCUCCGAAAUAAAAACUAAAUAAGACUGAUAAAUAUAGUUUAAGCCAAAAGACAUCUGAAAAGAAAGAUAUGAAAACAGCUUUGUCGGUUUGUGUAAUACCGAGAUCAGAUUUAAGAAAAGGAGAUGAGUAGUAUCUAAUUUAAACGUAGGCAUGUUACGCAUGCACGAAUUAUUUUUUUUGGAGAGGUGGGUUGAAAUGGGGCUCUGAGGAACUAAUGUUUGCAUUUUUGUAGGAGGAAAAGAGCAUUUACUUUCAAAAGAUUCCAAUGACAAUAUCGUUCACUGGAGAGCAAAAAAAGCCUUCUAUUUUAUCUGAAAUAAACUCAGACACAAAUAUUUUAUGGUCUAUUGCCACUAGUGUCUGAAUAAUAGUUAGCUUCCUGAAGUCUCCUUCACAGCCGUGUUUGGUCUCGUCACGCAACGGGCACUCCCCCCGCUUACUGCCAGUAUUUCGUCAGAGACAAAAUCAAAAUUAUUCACUUACAGCUGGUUGCCUAAAAAAUAAAUAUCCACAUGAUGAUGCAGUGGGAAGUAAACUGAAACUCUCUUUUAUCUCAAAUGGCCUCUUACCAAAGACAUUUUGCGGUCUCGACGAAUGUACUAAACGGAAGAAAAGUAAUCUAUUUCAAAUGCUUUUACAUGGGCAUAAAAACGUAGGCUCCCUAUUCGGUUGUUACCCAUCUGGAAUUUGCCCCGCGCGUGCAAUACGUAAUGAAAUGCAGUGAUGUAAUAAAGGCCAAGGUUGCUAAAAGCGAAUUUGAUUGGUGGAAAACGUUUAGGCACGCGAGCAUUUCUCAUUUCUAAUAACAGUAGCAUUCAGUUCCAAGUAAAAUUUUUCCAAUGAGGUGGGGUUAUGUUAUAAAGUUUAGGUUGUUUACUGGAAAAUGGCAUUUCAUAUGAGAAAGUCCAGACCUUAGUGACAAGUAAAUACGUACUUGUAUCGGGAAAAUUCCAUUUAAACACAAGAAGAAAUUCAUGGACAACUUUCAAAAGCAAAGAAAUGGAUAUUUCACGUCGCAGUCGACGCACAAAGCAAAUAUAACCUGCUAAUUUUUUUCAAUUUUCGCCAAAAGAGCAAUCACAAGGCUAAAACAAUAUUUUCGAUCAAAUAUACUUUAUGCAAAUGCUUUGCGCAAUUUUUACUUGAGCCAGCAAAACCAGUCCUUCCAAAAGAAACAAACUAGUGAAAAUUUCGAGUUAGGUACACAAAACACGCUUCCUUGUACAUGAUAGAAAAUUCCCUGAUGACCUUUUUUAGCUCCAACAGAUCACAGCGACGAAGUCCUUAGGAUGGACAUGAAUCAUCACAUUGGGCUACAUUGAGCUCACAAUUCUUUGUUUAUGUCAUUCCUGGCUUGUGCCAAUGUUGGGUUGAUUCCAACGCAAUAUAUUGCGGUACCCUAACUUCAUGAUUGGUAUAACGCUCUCAUUGGUGCAAGCAUCCUCCAAUGCUGUGAUCUGAUUAGUGCGAAAUACAUAAACUAAUGCAGAAAUUUCAUUGGUGCAAGAUACACACCCAAAUGCGGCGAAAUGAUUGGCGCUGAAAUGGAGUUUUUUUUUUAUAAAAGAUGUUUACUCAAAAAUGAUAUAUUUCGCCACAACCUACAAGUGAAAAUGAGGUUUGCAAGAGAUAUUUUUCUUCAUGUGUUGCUGUUAUGAAGUUACAGGUUUUAAGUGCUGUGGUGAAAUUUGCUGUACUGUGAAAAAACUCCAUAAGAUUUGUUUUGAAGUAAUAAAACAAGUAAUGGCCAAAAUGUGGUCUGGCGGAAGCAAAAAAAAAUUGUUAUGAAAAAUUGUUCUACUGUUGAAAGUAUAGGAUAUUAUUGCCCUUGAACUUGAAGUUUCUCAUCAUGUUCUUUUUCUUUUUUCUGUUAGCUUUACAGCAAGUCGAAAUCUUUUGCAAUAUACACAAGGAGAGACAGGUUAUAGCGAAUCUCCAGGAGACAGUGUUUUUCAAUUGCUCUGUCCUCCGUGGGAGACCAAUGAGGCAGAUUACAUGGAGCAAGGAAGACAAUGGAAGGAAACUUCAGGGGCUUUCCACUUUACCAUCCGAAUCAGUACCAGGGCUCUGGUCGAGCGUGCAAAUAAGCAAUAUCAGUGCAAAGGAUUAUGGGAGAUAUAGAUGCGAGGUGUCAAAGGACAAUGGAACUGACGUUUGUUCAGUAGUUCUCCAUGUUAAAAGUGAGUUUAUAUCUUCUUUUCCGCUAAUGGUUUCAGUUCUCUUUUUCUAUUUAAUGCAUGGAAAUUUGGCUAUAAAUUUCAUUCAAGCAGUGUUCUGCGAAAGUCAUUUCAUCCAUUGUUUCCAACACUUUAUUUUCUAUUUUACAACCAGCCCAUCCACAUUUCUCAAAAGCAAGAGGAUUCUUCACCACAACCCCACAAAUUCUUUUAGAAGGUCACAAUCCUGUAUUCUAUUGCUACGCCAGCGGUUGGCCAAAACCAUCCUUCACCUGGCUUAAGGAUGAAGUGGUAGUAAAGGAUGGUGACGGUAAUCAUUCUUACGGGUUAACGAAAAGAAAUGGCUUGCUUCUCAGUGGUCUGGACUUGGAGAUUUUUUACGUUAGACAGAAGGAAGAUGAAGGUCGAUACACAUGUGUAGCAAAGAAUAAAUUUGGCGAGAAACGUUAUCAAAUCAAGCUUUUUGUUAACAGUAAGAAAUUCAGGUUCAUCUGUCUUGCUUUAUCAGUCAAAAAGUGACAAUUCCGAAUUUAAAGUCUUUGAUCGAAACACCUUCCAGUGCAGUUCUAUGCAUGUAUUCCAUGUUUUCUGUAGGUGUCUUCUGACGAUAGUUUCUUCAUACUUUAUUAUGGAAUUAUUUGAAACUUUAUCAUGUAGCCGCCGCAACUCCCAUGACUUGCCUUUGUUCCUCCACUUAAAAUAGCCUGGUUACGAUCUUCCUUUUCCCUUGAGAGUUCUAUCUUCACAGACUGCAAACACUAAAACGAGACCCUUUUUACCCAAUUGAAAAUAGCCCUCUUUUAUGUGCUUAUCAAUUCAAGUCAAACUAGCCUUAUAAUGCAGAUCUGAUCGUGGUCAUAUGGUUGCAGGUAUAUCAUCCAAACUAAAACUUUCUGAGAUAAUUUAGAUUUAAUGAUGGUAAUUGGCCAAGGUAAAUAUUUUCUAAGCUGACGUGUCGGACGUUGAUCCUUCGUCAUUUUUCUCUGCCACGCAGGACUAACGAUUGAUACUUUAGCUUAGAAAUUUUCUAGGGUGGUCAACUUACGUUAUCAACUCAGUUAAUGAAAGCAAAUUAUCUUGUAGAAACCCUUCACCGACGCAAACCCACGGUCUCUUUAUAAAGUAAUCCAUUUAAGAAUUUUUGAACGGUUUAGAUCAGUUGUAAUGACUCUCUUUUGCUCUUCUGCUCAGAAAAGUCCCAGUCUCAACCAAAAGUCCAUCCUUACGCAUCUAUCGACCAAGUAACCAUUAAGAAAAGCGAUAAUGCUUUAUUGAAGUGUGAGGGGGAGAAUACCCCAAAUUCAACCACAGUUGUCUCCUGGGCGUUCAAAGGAAAGACAUUACCCCUGGACGGUAACAAUGGGCUGCAUCAUGAGUCAAACUACGUCUUUUUUGAGGAGCAUUCCAUUCCAAAAGUUAAUUUCUCAUUACUGAUAAAGAGCGUCACGGAGCAGGAUACUGGGGCAUAUCACUGUAAGGUCUUAACUCUAAAAGGAAGCGACUCUGGUACAAUUCACUUGAAUCUUGUUGAAUUCAGUGAGUAUGAGCAACAUGUAACGUUAAAGUAGUGGAUUUUUAAGCCCUUGAAAGAGGCGAUGGCCUAAUCGUUUAUCCGGGUCGAGACGUCCCCAUUCAAGAAGUGGUCGGUGGUUGGGGAGAGUUCUUGUGCAAGUCAGCAUUGUGUAAGACAACUGCGAGAAAGCAUUCUGUAAGACAGUAUUGUGCAAGAUAGCAUUUGCAAGACAACAUACACUCAAAGUGCCUCGCUGCGCACAGGAGUAUGAAAGGCUACUUACAAACUGUAAGAGAAACCUAAAAAAAUGUUUGGGGUGGGGGAAGGGGGAUGGAGGAAGGGGGGUGACCUAUGAAAGGUAAUCUCCGAAGCUUUGAAUCAUCGCCCGUAGUUCCACCUCAUAAUGUUUCUUUAGAAUGUGCUGACCAUUCGCCUGUUUUAUUCCUUUUCAAGAUGAAGUCAAAGAUUCUCGGGAUGGGCAAAGCAAAACUUCUUUGACAGAGUUCCUGCUGGUAGGCGUCGGAACAUUUUUCGGUCUGCUGACGGCUGGUAUCGUUUAUCGACAAUGGAAGAGGAACAGAAAACAUCGGAAACGCAAGUGUUGAGUUUACCUCUUUCCUUGCACCGUUGGUAUACUUUUAUCAUACUUGAAUUUCGUUUGAGACUGUUUAUGCGUUGAUGUCGUCAGUACACAAACCAAAACAUCCCAAGUUUGACCAAAAAGCCAAAAUAUGGGAGAGGAUAUGAAUAAUAACAUAACUGCACAUGGAGCGCAUUAUCUGAUUGGUCGCUCAGCUUUCCAAGACGUGUUUUAUCAGGCUAUUAAGACGUGUUUUAUCAGGCUAUUAAGUUCUGUUAUGAUGACAAAAGUAAGAAAAAAUAAAUCUUGUCGUAAGUAAGCUUUCCUGCAGUUAAAGCGAAGGGAAGAUAAAAAGUUUCACUCUCAAAUUUCCGCCAAGAAAAAAAAAUUACAUCUCACCGAAACGAUUGAUAAAAUUGCAACUGAAGGUCGAGCCGUAGAUUUCGAACUUUGCCGCGCAGUAAAAGAGGAAAUAGCCGUUACAGAAACGGUAAAGUUCUCUUUUCCAUUGCUUCAAGGAACUGGUAGCAGUUAAUGAAUUAAAAGAUCAUUUAAUUCUUUUAUUUUGUUGGAAGUCUUUCAGUGUUUACAAGGAAUCGAAAACAACAAAGCAAGAAUAAGCUACACAGCUUCAUAAGUUCUUGACAUUUCCGUUUACUACACACGAUUUAAGCAAGUAAUAUAGAAUUCGUUGACUUACGUAUGUUUUGCUGCUUCUCUUAAUGUGGAAAACGUCUUACUGAAAGCUCUUAUUUACGCAAAGAUGAUGAAAACAAAGAAAAUAUUCGAAUGUGGAUGGCGACGUUUCGACUUCAUUCUGCAAGUAUUUUUCGGGAUUAACGCCGACUGGGCACACGUCACCCUUCAGAAAGUUCUGUUCAGCUCUGAUUGGCUAGAACUCCAAAGCUAAUGAUCCACAUAAGUUGUUACCCUAAAAUCGUCAACUAGGUCGGUAAAAUAGGAAUCCCAGAAGCACGGAUGCUGACUAUCAAGAAGCACAAUCAAUCAGAUACGCCAGUCACAGAUGUAGAAUAUUAAGCAAUCACAGCUGAGCAAAAAAAGGCUCCUAAGGUUACCUUAAUAAUACCUAAAGAAGCCUCGCAGUAUGCAGUCAAAACUUCGCGAUUCACAUUGGAAGUGACUAUAUUGUGAGACAAACGAUUAUAAUUCCUAAAAAAUUGCGUGUUUCUUGCCUGAGAUUUAUAAAGUGGGAUGUUAGAAGAACACUUGAAUGGUUAAUAAAUCACCCAUCUCACAACUACUGAUUUACAAGGUUUUUCUCGUGUUCUCCCAACAACCUGCGUGACUUCAUUAUCAUGUUAAACCCAGAGGACCGUAACAAAUACUUAUCAUCUUGUUAUGCGUUCCCUCUUCAGAUAACACUAAAUCGAAGGACUUUCAGUACGACGUAUUUAUCAGCUUCAGUACCCUGGACUACAAUUGGGUGAGAGACAACCUUACACCUGUUUUGGAGAGCAAGCGAAUCAAUUACUGUAUUCACAGUCGGGACUUCAUUGUUGGAAAGGCUAUAAUCGAGAACAUUGCAGACAGUAUCUAUAAUAGCAGAAAGGUACUAGCGGUCAUUUCACGAAAUUAUCUUGACAGCAACUUCUGCCGUGAAGAAUUGGAAAUUGCGAUGCACCGUUCUGCUGAAAUGGCUGAUUCAUCUCUCCUGCUAAUUCGACUCGAUGGUGUUGAUACGAAAAACCUUCCCAAGACAUUGAGGAGGAGGACGUUCUUGGAUUACUCGAGCAACAUGGAAAGAGUUGACUGGGAGGAAAGACUAUUGAAGCAAAUUCAGUUCGAUGCCAGGGGCUUUCAUAUGAAUGGGAAAUCAAAUUUUUCAACAGAUACGGUCCAACUUAUCAGCCAUCUCUAA